CCGCCGAGAUGGAUGGGGAGCAGGAUGAGAAGGACAACGACGAAGACGACGAUGAGGCGGACAGCAUGCUUGGAUCCGACGUUGAAGACGAGGAGGGCCCAGACGGAGAGGCAGCGGAGAAGCUCAUGGAGAAGAUGCACGCCAAGCGAUCACAGAGGCAGUCGAGUGUCGCCCCCUCCACGACGAGCACCAACUUCGACAUGACGCCCGCCGUUCUCUCUGCCAAGUUCCCGAGCCUGUUCAACGACGAGCCCCCAAGGGUCCCCAAGGUCCUGAUCACCACAUCCCUCAACUCGACCCUGCACAAGGAGGCCGAGAUCCUCAUGUCGCUCUUCCCCAACUCCGAGUAUAUACGAAGGUCGGCGCAUCGAUACGGGCACAAGUACAGCGUCAGGGAGAUUUGCCGCUUUGCCUCGAACCGGGACUACACGACCGUGUUGGUGCUCAACGAGGACCAGAAGAAGCCCAACAGACUCACCGUCGUCCAUCUCCCCCACGGCCCGACCCUGACGUACUCUGUCAACAACUGGAUACCGGCUUCGAAACUGCCCGGCCACGGCAACGCGCAGGACGAGUUCUACCCGGAGCUGCUCCUCAACAACUUCAAGAGCAGCCUUGGCCUGCUUGCGGCCAAGAGCUUCCAGACGCUGUUCCCCCCGCAGCCGGACGUCCAGGCGAGGCAGGUGGUGACAUUGCACAAUCAGCGCGACUAUAUCUUCCUCCGGCGUCACAGAUACAUCUUUCGUGACAAGAGAGAGACGGAGAAGAGCGUCCAGGCUGCCGACGGCAAGGAGCUGAAAGGUGUCGAGAGCAUCAGAGUUGGUCUUCAGGAGCUGGGUCCCCGAUGCACCCUCAAACUUCGCCGUGUGGACAAGGGCAUCGGACGAGCAGGCAGCGAAGGCGAGGAUGCGCUGUCGUGGGAAUGGAAGGCCAAGAUGGAGAAGUCGCGGACGCGGUUCAACCUGUAGGUAGUACUCUGCCGCUAUGUCAUAGAAAAGGAGCGCGUAUGAGAGAUACGGUCAAUCAGCCAGCGAACCACCAGUCCGUCAAUACUGUACAAACC